AUGGAGCAUCCAGUCCGCGAAAUUGGAUCAAUCAUACAGACACUCACCACGGGCUCCCCCGGAGAACAGCUCGACACCCUCAACAAAUUCUUCGUCUCAGACGCCUCCUUCACUCACCCCUUCUGCCAUGUGCCGUCAUUCAAAAAAGGAACUAUCCCCUUCGCCCGCAACAUUGACUCCCGAUGGAUCCUUCUCUGCAUCUACCGAUGGUACCGGACCCUCAGCCCAACCAUCGACAUCACGAUUGAGUCUGCCGUUUUCAAUCAGUCCACAAACUGCCUGUUUGUAAACAUCCACCAAACCUUUGCCGUCUGGUUCGUUCCCUUGUACCGGGCAGAUGUCUCCCUUAUUACCGUCCUAAAGCUCGAGCAACGAACGUCGCAGUCCUCCAAUGGAACAACAGCCCUUUCGGGCCCAGGUCAAGAGCGUGCGAAAUACUACAUUUCAUCGCAGGAGGACUUUUACCAGAUGAAUGACUGUGUGCAGUUUUUGGUGCCUCGCGUGGGACAGUGGCUGUGGCGGCUGUGGCAGCUGUUUAGUACGUGGCUCUGUGUGGUGUUGUCGUUGAUGUUUCUGCCAGUGUAUUAUACGAUGAAUAGUGGCAAGGCUGCGAAAAAGGUGACUUAG